AUGGUAGCCAUUGAGCUCUACCUCAUGAUCGAUGGCAUAAAAAUGGCUCACUCGGCGAAUGUGAAACCUGCAGAUAGUUUCAACUCCAGUAGCACCUUUGAUUCUAGUUUGGACUCAACCACUCGCAGCUCUAAUACAUCUUCAUCCAAGUCAAAAUUCUUGGCUAAAGUGGAUGGAUCUGUGGCGACUGGACUAUCUGAAUGCCACUCGGAUUAUGUCUCUGGAACAUUUAUCCCUAAAUCUGUUGGUGGAAUAUUGUUCGUGACUUUGGAACUAUUAUUCAAUAUCGUUAUCUUGAUACUUUGUCUUCUCUCUGAAAUCUCGCCACCUCGAAUUCCUGAAUUUUUCGCCAAUUAUUUUCCUCCUCUAGGUCAAGGAUUUGGUGUUGGAUUCCUAGGAUGUUUAGAAAUUUACAUUGCUAGCAUCACAUUAUCACAUAAAAUCAACAAAAUCUCAUUAGUUUCAGCUUGGACCUUAUUUGUCAUUGGGUCUCUUAAUGUACUUCUUGGUAUAGUUUUCGGUGCUCGAAUCCGUGCUAAGAGAAGUUUAUUGGACGCUGGAACUAACUAUGCAAAGAAGGUUACUCAUCUUGAUGAUAUUGAAACAGGAUUCAAACUUGCAAAGAAAGGUAAAAAGAAAUACCUAGAAGAUUAUUAA